AGCACACUGGUGUUAUUUUGAAAAGUCGGAAGAUCCUCCCAGUUGCCUGUAACUGGCUUCAGUAUAAUCGCCAGUGUGCUGUGCACGAGUAGUAGCUAAUUUAGUUUUCUUCCGGAUUUUGCCCUUACUUGAUCAGGAGGAUGUUGACGGUUUUUAAAGUAUAAAGGUGUUUCGUAAACUACACUGGAACUAAAAUGAGGAGUCGCAGCAACUCUGGAGUUAAACUUGACAACUACGCGCGGAUAGUUCAUCAGACUAUUCUGCGUCAUCAAGAUCCAGUGACUGGUCUGUUGCCAGCAAGCAAGGAGCAGCCUGAUGCCUGGGUGAGAGACAAUGUUUACAGCAUCCUGUCGGUCUGGGCUCUUAGUCUGGCUUACAGGAAAAAUGCAGAUCGUGAUGAAGACAAGGCUAAAGCCUACGAGCUCGAGCAGAGUGUGGUGAAGUUAAUGAGGGGAGUUCUUCAAUGCAUUAUGAGACAGCUGGACAAAGUGGAGAAAUUCAAAUACAGUAAAAGCGCUUUGGACAGCCUCCACGCCAAGUAUAACACUCGAACCUGUGCCACUGUUGUGGGUGACCGGGAAUGGGGGCAUCUCCAGCUCGACGCCACCUCCCUAUACAUGCUCUUCCUAGCCCAGAUGACUGCCUCAGGGCUGCACAUAGUGUACACUCAAGACGAGGUGGAUGUGGUCCAGAAUCUGCUCUUCUACAUUGAAGCUGCAUACAAAGUGGCUGACUACGGGAUGUGGGAGAGAGGAGACAAAACAAAUCAGGGCAUCCCUGAGCUCAAUGCCAGCUCAAUUGGGAUGGCUAAAGCAGCCCUUGAAGCCCUAGAUGACUUGAAUUUGUUUGGGGCCAAAGGGGGACCGGACUCUGUGGUUCAUGUCUUAGCAGAUGAUAUCCAGCACUGUCAGUCUAUUCUGAACUCCAUGUUGCCCAGAGCUUCAACAUCCAAAGAGGUGGAUGCCGGGCUUCUGUCUAUUAUUUCAUAUCCAGCCUUUGCAGUGGAAGACAUGGAGCUAGUCAAUAUCACCAAAGAGGAAAUCAUCUCCAAGCUCCAGGGAAGAUACGGCUGUUGUCGGUUUUUAAGAGAUGGCCACAAAACUCCUAAAGAGGACCCAAACAGGUUGUAUUAUGAAUCUGCCGAGCUGAAGCUUUUUGAAAACAUUGAAUGCGAGUGGCCACUUUUCUGGACCUACCUGAUCUUGGAUGGCAUCUUUAUCAACAGUCCAGAGCAGGUUGAGGAGUACAGAGAAGCUCUGGAAGGUAUCCUAAUCAAACAGAAAGAUGGGAUUCGGUUGCUGCCUGAGCUCUACAGUGUUCCUCCUGAGAAGGUGGAUGAGGAGUAUGUUAAUCCUCACACGGUGGAGAGGAUCCCGUUGGGAAAGUGCCCUCUGAAGUGGGGCCAGUCCCUUUACGUUCUGGGCAACCUGUUGGCAGAGGGUUUUUUGGCUCCUGGAGAGAUCGACCCCCUAAACCGCAGGUUCUCUGCCAUCCCUAAACCAGAUGUUGUUGUGCAAGUGUCCAUCCUGGCUGAGAACGAGGACAUUAAGGCGCUCCUGCAGAAGAAUGGGAUUGAUGUGGAGACAGUGGCAGACAUCCACCCAAUAAGAGUGCAGCCGUCUCGAGUUCUCAGCCACAUUUAUGCUCGGCUAGGGCGCAAUGAGAGGCUGGGGCUGACCGGCAGACCAUACCGAAGGAUCGGUGUGUUGGGAACCUCAAAGCUGUACAUCAUCCGGAACACCAUCUUCAGCUUCACACCUCAGUUCAUAGAUCAUCAGCAGUUCUAUUUGGCCCUGGAUAACAAGAUGAUUGUGGAGAUGUUGCGCACUGACCUGUCUUACCUGUCUUCUCGUUGGAGGAUGACCGGCCGUCCGACUGUCACUUUUCCCAUCUCCCAGACUAUGCUUAACCAUGACCACACUGACUUGGACCCUGCUGUUCUGGCCACACUUAAGAAGCUUCAGGAUGGGUACUUCGGAGGAGCAAGGGUGCAGACUGGGAAGUUAUCAGAGUUUCUGACUACGUGUUGCUGUGCUCACCUGAGCUUUCUGGACAGUGGUAAGACACGCUCCAAUAAGGGCUGGGAUGAAGAUGAUGAUGUUGAGGAUGACUACUUUAGAGGUGCUGUGCAUGACCUGAACUUCAGUGAUGAUUCAGAUGAUCUAGCACAAUACCUGGACCAGCUUUUGCAUGCAGCGGUGCCUGUCCAGGGGCUCAGAGUCGAGGCAGAGGCUAAAGGACUGAGUCGCUUUAAGGCUGCAGCCACAAAGACACGUGAGAUGGUGUCUCUUGUGAACAAAGCCAAGGAUCUACAAAUCCACAAUCUCCAUAUGUAUCUUCCCAAUAAGCUGUUCCGCUCACCUCAGCCUGCGCUUAAUUUAAAAGACUUUCCAGGACUGGGGACGGAUCAUAGUUCAGAAGUUGUGGUGCCCUCUGAAAAUAACCUGCCUCGGGACACUCAUGGUGCCAUUGACUACAGUAGUCUUGUGCAGGUCCUUAAAGACACUCAGAGCCUUCACGAUCAGGCAGACAUCCUCUACAUUCUUUUUAAAGACAAGGGAAUGGACUGGGACACUCAGCUGCAUGGGAAAGGCACCACUGUUAAGAGUUUGCUAGUCGAGCUCUAUGAGAAAGCGGGAGAUCUGAGGUGUUGGGAUAUCAUCCGUAUGAUUUCAGGCAUGCUCCGCAAGAAAGUAGAAGAACUAGACUGGGCCUGCUCAGAUUUGCUGGCUCAUCAGAAGCACUUGACGGUCGGUUUACCACCAGAGCCCAGAGAGAAAACCAUUACAGCGCCUUUGCCUCCUGACCAACUGGCCUUACUGAUUGAUCAAGCCAGCGAAAACAGCAUCACUAUUGCCAUCCUCACACAGGAGAUCAUAGUGUACCUAGCGAUGAUCAUCAGAACGCAGCGCAGUUUGUUCAGUGAGAUGUUUCGGCUGAGGAUCGGCCUCAUCAUUCAGGUUAUGGCAACUGAACUGGCCCAAUCUCUAAACUGCUCAGGUGAGGAGGCCACAGAGAGUCUGAUGAAACUGAGUCCCUCUGAGUUGAAGAAUCUUCUUCACCACAUUCUGAGCGGAAAAGAAUUCGGUGUUCAGAGAAGUGUUCGUUCAGUUGAGCCCGGUGUCAGUCCUGUCAUCUCAAUCCAUGAGGUGGGCAAUGUUGGAGCCACCAAGAGUGAGCGCGCAGGCAUCAGCAAACUGAAGAGUGACAUGAAGAUGCUGGAAGAGCUCAGAUUUUCAUGGUCGAUCCAAAGUAAGACUUUCUCAGGUCAGUCCUUCGAUGCUGAGCCUGUUGAAUUAGCGAGGAGCAGGAUGCCUUCAAUUGAUGGGUUUGACAGCUCCGUGAGUGUUGGUGUACCCCGGGAUAGUCGGCAGGGCCAGUGGCUGCGCAGGAGGCGGCUUGAUGGAGCUCUCAACAGAGUUCCUGUUGGCUUUUAUCAAAAAGUCUGGAAGAUUCUGCAGAAGUGUCAUGGCCUUUCAAUAGAAGGCUUCGUUCUCCCAUCUUCUACUACAAGAGAGAUGACCCCAGGUGAGAUUAAAUUUGCGGUACAUGUGGAAAGGGUGCUGAACCGUGUCCCUCAGCCUGAAUACAGGCAGCUGCUGGUGGAAGGCAUCCUCGUCUUGACAAUGCUGGCUGAUGUUGACAUUCAGAGCAUCGGCAGCAUCAUCCACAUAGAAAAAAUAGUUCAUAUUGCUAAUGACAUGUUCUACAAAGACCAGAAGGAUCUUGGUGCUGAGGACAGUAUUUUGGAGAAGGAUCAGUCUACGGGCAUCUGUCGGCUCCUGUAUGACACUGCACCCAGCGGCCGCUUCGGCACCAUGACUUACCUUACUAAAGCUGUGGCUACUUAUGCCCAGGACUUCUUGCCUAGUGGCGCCUGUACUGUACAGUGACACCUACCUAGGUUUUUAAAUAGCAUAGUUUUUAUUGUACAGUCAAAAGACCACUAUUUUAAGUCAUAUUUUUGAGAUAUUUGUGUGAGUUUUAGUAUUGAAUAAACUCGUCAUUGAGCACAUAAUAUAUUUUGUAGUUUAAAGUUUAAUGGUAAUCCUUGAAUAGUUCUUACAUUAGGUACAGUACAUUUAGCAUAUUUAAUAUCAGGAUGAAACAUAAGGCUGUGGAAAAUGGAGAAAUACAGUCCGCAGUUGUUCUGCUAAUAAAAAACAGGUUGUGAGUUUACUAGAUUGUAUGUGAUCUAUGAUAUACAGACUCUACGUACAAAGCACUUACAUUUUUUUU